AUGAAAUUCAUGGGUGUCCCUCCUCCCUGGCGCACCUCGCUCCAGUCCCUCCCUGGCCCCUCCUUGGCCUUCCGUCACCCCUCCUCUUUCCGUGGCCCCUCUUUAGCCCGCUUGUUGAGUGCCAACAUGGCUCGGUGGGAGCGGUGGGCGCCGGAGGAAGUGGCCUUCAAGCUGCAACAGUUGGCCACUACGGCUGCCGCAUCUGGGUGCAACUACUUUUCGGGGCUUGGCCUCACCUUCUUGCUGCCCACGCCCAUGGAGAUAGAUGUGUUGCAUUUGUUGUCUCUUCCCUGA